ACUAUUCACGGGUUGUUUUGGUGUAACUGAGCCGAGGCUCGUUUUCUCGGGCGCUGUUGAUAUUUCGGUUUUAUUUUUUAUCGAGAGCGGAAAUCAUUUCGCUGUCACCUGAUAACGGAUAAAGGGUUGACGGCCGACUAAACCAUGGAGUCCAUGCUCAAUAAGUUAAAGAGCACCGUUACCAAAGUGACGGCUGAUGUCACCAGUGCCGUGAUGGGAAACCCAGUGACGAGGGAGUUUGAAGUCGGCCGCCACAUUGCCAGCGGAGGACCAGGGAUGAGCUGGAGAAUCUACAACGGCACAAAGAAAUCCACCAAGCAGGAAGUAGCAGUCUUCGUAUUUGAUAAGAAGGUUAUUGACCGAUAUCAGAAGUUUGAGAAGGACCAGAUCAUCGAUUCGCUCAAACGAGGAGUUCAGCAGCUAACCCGCUUACGACACCCACGGCUUCUCACGGUUCAGCAUCCUUUAGAAGAGUCAAGGGACUGUUUGGCGUUCUGCACAGAGCCUGUGUUUGCUAGCUUGGCUAAUGUGCUGGGCCAGUGGGACAAUCUGCCUAGUCCUGUUCCUACAGACAUCAAAGAGCACAAACUCUUUGACGUGGAGACAAAGUACGGUUUACUACAGAUAUCCGAGGGCCUGUCCUUCCUGCACAAUGGCGUGAAAAUGGUGCACGGUAACCUGUGUCCAGAGAACAUCAUCCUGAAUAAGAGCGGCGCUUGGAAAAUCAUGGGCUUCGAUUUCAGCAUCUCUUCCAGCAACCCGUCAGAUGCAGAGCCCAAAUAUGUAUGUAAAGAAUGGGACCCGAAUCUGUCCCCUCUCUGCCUGCCUAAUCCGGAAUACGUGGCUCCGGAGUACAUCCUGUCUGUCAGCUGUGACUCCGCCUCUGACAUGUACUCACUGGGUGUGAUCAUGCAUGCAGUCUUCAACGAGGGGAAGCCGGUGUUCCAGGUCAAUAAGCAGGACAUUUUCAAGAGUUUCAGCAGGCAACUCGACCAGUUGAGUCGUCUGAGUCCAGGAGUGCUGAGUAAGAUCCCAGAGGACGUGCGAGAGCACGUGAAGAUGCUGCUGAGCGUCACAGCCAACGUGAGACCAGACGCAGACCAGAUGACGAAGAUCCCGUUCUUUGAUGAUGUGGGCGCGGUGACGCUGCAGUAUUUCGACUCGUUGUUCCAGAGAGACAAUUUACAGAAGUCGCAGUUCUACAAAGGCCUUCCCAAAAUCCUUCCCAAGCUCCCCAAGAGAGUGAUCGUGUACCGCAUCCUCCCAGCCCUCACCUCGGAGUUUGUGAAUCCAGACAUGGUACCGUUCGUGUUGCCCAACGUGCUGCUCAUAGCGGAAGAAUGCACCAAAGAAGAGUAUAUGCGUCUGAUCCUACCGGACCUCACCCCAGUGUUCAAGCAGCAAGAACCCAUUCAGAUUCUGCUAAUAUUCUUACAAAAGAUGGACCUGCUUCUGACCAAGACACCGUCUGAGGACAUCAAAAACAGUGUGCUCCCGAUGGUGUACAGAGCACUGGAAGCUCCUUCUACUCAAAUCCAGGAGCUGUGCCUGAAUAUCAUCCCCACCUUCGCUAACCUGAUUGACUAUCCAUCCAUGAAGAACGCACUUAUCCCUCGGAUCAAAUCGGCUUGUUUACAGACUUCCUCUCUGGCUGUGAGGGUGAACUCCUUGGUGUGUCUCGGGAAGAUUCUGGAGUAUCUAGACAAGUGGUUUGUCAUCGACGAGAUCCUGCCAUUCUUACAGCAGAUACCCUCUCGUGAGCCUGCUGUCCUCAUGGGCAUUCUGGGCAUCUAUAAGUGCACAUUUAGUCAUAAGAAAUUAGGCAUCCCAAAAGAACAUCUUGCAGGAAAAAGUCUGCCUCAUCUGGUCUCCCUUAGUAUUGACAACAAUCUGAAUCUCAACCAGUUUAACUCCUUCAUGGCUGUGAUCAGAGAUAUGCUGAAUCGGAUGGAGGCGGAGCAGAAGACCAAGCUGGAGCAACUCCACAGCAUGCAAGAGCAGCAAAGGAGCCUUAACCUCAACCAAAUGAACACAUCAGAAGAGACAAAGAGCAACACCAGUCCACCCAGUCAAGUUCGAGACAUUGACGAGAUCUUUGGUGGGAGUUCAGGAGUGAACGGCAAAGAGAACGGCUCCUCCUCUGCCCCCUCGCAGCCCUCGAGAGUGUCUCUGACUCUGGAGGAGAAGCAGCGCUUGGCGAAGGAGCAGGAGCAAGCAGCCAAACUGAGGAACCAGCAGCCUCUGGCCCCACAGAGCAUCAAAGCUGCUACAACAUCCACAACUGCACAGGCCAAAGACCUGACCAGCAGUCUUCUGAACAACAUGACCUCGCUGAACAGUCUCUCGCUGAACUCAGGCUCUCGCGCAGCACCCAUGCAGACGGGCGCACUCUCGCCUGGCUUCUCCUCCACACCCGCUAUGACUGGAAUGGGCACCAUGGCCCCUAUCAGUAAUGGGUUCAACUCUCCCAUGGGUUUCCAAACAGGAGGUAUGGGGAUGCGAGCUACCGCACCCGGUCACUACGGAGGCAUAUCCAGCACCAGCAGUACACCGAACUUCAGCGCCCUCUCGCAGAAUCAGUCCGGCAAGCCGCCCGACAUGUCGGCCCUAGACUCUCUGUUCUCAGCUAACAAGCCCAAAGUCAGCCUCAACCAAAUGGGCCCCAAACCAGCCGCAGGCACUGCACCCUCCCCCUGGAUCAGCCAGUUUGGUCCAGGCCAGCCUUCUCAGACUGCACCCAUGCAGGCGGUACCGAUGGGAAUGACAGGGGUGCAGGGAGGCUUUGGAAUGCAGGCGAACCCUUUCUUCAGCCCCCAGAACUUCUCUCAGCCUGCUGCUGCUCCCACCAUGAAUACAGGCAUGCUCAAACAGAGCAUGUCCAUCAAUAACGAUCUGAAAGACCUCUUCGGUUAAAAGGCUUCCAUUUUUCAUCCAGUGACGGGAAGGUUAGAGAUUAAUCGAGACACGGAGCAUUGUUUUUGUCGUUUGUGUGUGUGUGUGUGUGUGUGUUGGACCUUGCAGUCAAUCAGAGGAUGAUCACCAGCCUUAACCAAGCAGGGUCACAUGACACACUAGUCUUACACUUGUUUUACUGUUCUCACUGUCCCUAUAGUGCUCACUAGGCAUACAGUUGUGCCUUUUGGUUUGUUCUCGAAUCUCUCACACACACACACACACACACACACACACACACACACACACACACACACACAC